AUGAAACUUCUAGCUUUAUAUUUUCUGGUAUUUUUCUUCUUUUAUAGUUUCAUCGCCGUAAGUUUCCCCAGUUUCCAUGGAGAAAAAAUCCCAUAAAAUUCUCAAAGGCCGAUGAUCCACCAAUGCAAUAUGUUGGCUGCUACAAAAACAAUCAAUUUUUCUACAAUGGCACUGUCAAUUCCCCGUUUUGGCCCUAUAAUUAUGCACCAAACAAUAAAUGUCUCUAUUUUUUGAAUGCGAAAUUAGGCAGUGUUUUGAAGUGAGUCCUGACUUUAUGGUCCCUUUUCAAAAAUGAAAAAAAAUCUUUCUUCAGAAUAACAUUCCCCCACUAUGACGUGGAAUCGUGUUGUGACAACGUGACAAUCAUCGAUGGUCCAACAAUGUCACCGAAGUAUGAUGUGAUUGUUCAAAUCGGUGGUGGAAGUGGGGUGAAUACACCCGGUGUUUAUUACACAACUACACGAUAUGCGUCGAUUAGUUUUUAUACGAAUCCCACGAUUCAGAAGUCGGGAUUUCAGAUUCAAUUUGAAUCGGUGAACAGUGAGUUUGGGGAGGUCAAAAUUAAAAAUCUUCUGAAAAUUUGAUUUUGCCACGUCAUAGUUGAAGCCGAGAUCUGAAUUUCUGAAUUUUCAAGAUCAUAAAAAUGUGUUUAUCGAUUUUUCAUGUUGGAGCGGAACUAAAAAAGUGUUGAGCUAAACGAAAUUUUUCAAAAUCGAAAAAACGACCAUACCCCGUUGAGUCAGACGCGAGACGACGAGAGUAUUUUGCAAAAAUAUCCUGACAUGAAAAUGAAUUUCGCUUCGAGAUAUUUUCAAUAAAACAUGUGUUCCUUGAAACAAAAUACGGUAUUUUUUCAAAGGGACACACAUAUUUUCUCAAAAAUAUCUCGAAGCUAUCUGUCUUUGAUGACGUCAUCAGACUCCCGUCGUCUCUCGUCUGACCUGAGAGGCAAUUGGAGUAAAUGGUCGUGAAAACAGGUUCAGCAUGAAUUUUGCGUGCUCAAAAUCCACCAUUUUUAAAAUUCAAGUUUUCCCGCCAAAAAAAUCAUGUUGAAAAUUUGAAAAUUCAGGAUUUCGUGAUGAAAAUUUAAAAAUCCAAACUUUCCCGCCCAAAAACCACGUGGCAAAUUUUGUUGAAAAUUCAAUUUCCCCCUCCAAAAUUCCACGUGGGAAAUUGAGAAAUUCAAAUUUUUGCAAUGAAAAUUGAAAUUUUGAAACUCAAAAUUUUCCCGCCAAAAAAUCCACGCGGCAAAUUUCAAAAUUCAAAUCUGAAUUUCCCCUAGACAUUGUUUAAAACAUGUGUUCCUUGAAACAAAAUACGGUAUUUUUUCAAAGGCACACAUAUUUUCUCAAAAAUAUCUCGAAGCGAUCUGUCUUUGAUGACGUCAUCACACUCCCGUGGUGCAAUUUUCUAUUGGAGUAAAUGGUCGUGAAAACAGGUUCAGCGUGCAUUUUGCGUGCUCAAAAUCCACCCCUUCUGAGCUAAAACUUCUAUAUUCGAAUUCAAAACCUUUGCCACGUCAUAAUUUAAAUUCAGAAUCUAAAAAUCUAAAAAAAAAAAUUCCAGCCGCCAGCCCCUGUAAUCGUGACAUUUUCCUCGUCAUCAACGCAAUGUCCACCCUAGGUUCCCAACAAAAUUUCAUCAAACAACUCGAUUUCAUCGCCAACAAACUAACACCAAGUUGGGAUGUUGGUAUGGAAAAAAUUCGAGUUAUGAUAAGUCUCCAAAACGGACCCGAUGACACACCAUCUUGGUCAGCUGAUCAACUUGCGACGAAUAAAAUCGUCACUUCAGAAGUGCUAGGCAUGUCGAAUCUGUCGAACGUGACAAUGAAUACGAAGGGCGAUCUAGAAGGAUUGUUCAGAAAUUCUUUUGAGUGGAUGCAGACUUCUUAUCAACUAGAAUUCAGAGAUGGAAUCGAGACAGUUGUGAUCAUUUUUGUGGCACAGAAUCCCGUGUAAGCCCUGCGGCAGGGGGGGGGGGCUGCCCUAACCAGGGCAGGGUCCCCAACCAGGGCAGGGCCCCCAACCAGGGCAGGGCCCCAAACCAGGGCAGGGUCCUCAACCAGGGCAGGGCCCCUGCCCUGGUUUUUCUUUGAUAAAAUUCCAAAAAAAAAAAUUCCAGCGAUGACAAUGAUUUCUACGAGGCUUUGGAAUACUCACAAAACAUCAAAAACCUCGAAAACGUUAAGAUUGUGCUCUUCGGUUUUGGAGCAAAUCUCGAUAAAUCGCGACUUUCACAACUCGCGUAUUCUCCAGAAUACGCGAUUUUCAGUGAUUCCUUUGAUGAUUUGGCGAAUUUUGUAGAUCAAAUUAAUAAUGCAGUAUGUAUGUUCUGAUAAUUAAUUGAUCAUUUUUUUUAUUCUUUUUUGCUUAUCAGUAGUUGAAGUAUAAAUUUUGAUAAAAUCAUUGAAAAAUUCCGGUGUCAUGUUGAGGUGUGCUCUUUUUUUAGUUGUGGUGCUCUUUUUGGCUCACGCCUCGACUCAUAGAAUCAAAUCUGCGAAGAGGGUGAGUUUGGGGGUUUUUGGGCUCAAAUUUGAGUGAAAAAACUAUAUUUUUGACUUUUUUUCAUUUUUUUGUGAAAAAAUAGGGUUUUUUGAAAAUUUCUAAAAAAAAAUUUUAUUUUUUUUUUCGACUCAAAUCACUGUGGAGCCCAUAGUUUUAAAAACACCGUGUAAUCUUUUCUUGCCGCAAAAAAACGUGCAUUUUUGCGUCGCCGUGUUUGCACAAAACUGCGAGCUACAGUAGUCUGCCACACAAAUCACCGAAAUAAACACGCAACGCAGACCGCGUCGCGCCACAACACACACAAAUAAGGGAAAGAUUCAAAUUCCCUCCCUUAUUUGUGUGUGUUGUGGCGCGGCGCGGUCUGCGUUGCGUGUUUAUUUCGGUGGAGCGCGUGGUUUGCAAUAGGGCGCACAUAGUUGCUGGCCGAACUCUCUCAUUUGAAAAUUCUAGGCCACGAAAAUUUUAAAUGGCAAAAAACCCGGAAAAAAUACGUUUAUAUCCAAAUUUUCAAUGACAAUAUUUUCGUUGUUUUUAUUUUAGAAAAUUAAAUUUUGCAAUUAAUCCACAGCUCAUUUUUAAAAAUUUUCCCAAAACUUAAAAAAAAAUUUCCUGUCAAAGUUCAAACGUCUACAUCUGAAUCAGAAAAAAAAUAGAUCAAAAACCUUUACUGAUAACUUAUCUCCAUACAGAACACAAACAUCAUUCCACCAUCGGAAUUCGAUUUCAUCGGUUGUCCAACCGAAAACGAUUUCUACUACAACGGCUCGAUUUAUUCACCACUUUGGCCUCACAAUUAUCCACCAAACGAUAAAUGCUACUAUUUCCUGAAUGCGGAGCCCGGAAAAGUUUUGAAAAUCGCAUUUUCCCACUUUGAUUUGGAGUCUUGUUGUGACUUCAUAACGAUCUAUGAUGGUCCCACUCAAAUUUACCAGAAGUUGGUGCAAAUUGGUGGGCCGGGAUCGAAUGUAACAGUUCCCGGGGUGUAUACAACAACUACACGGAAUGCUGUGGUCACUUUUGAGUCGAAUAAAUCGAUUCAGAAGUCGGGAUUCAUUUUGAAUUAUAUGUCCGUUAACAGUUAGUACAACUCUCCCUUUUUUCUUAAACACAAAAGUUUUUUUUUUUUUUUUAACUUUUUUUUUCAGCCGCCAGUCCUUGUAAUCGAGACAUCUACUUAAUAAUUAAUGGAAUGUCUGGUGUUGGCUCACAAUCGAAUUAUGAAAAACAAAUCAGAUUCAUUGCCAAUCAAUUGACGCCAACGUGGAAUGUCGGGCUUUCGAAGGUUCGAGUCAUGUUGAAUUUGCAGGUGGAUAUUGAUUAUGCGGUGAUUUGGACGGGGGUUGAUGAUUAUUCGAAUGCUGAGCUCACUAAUCAAACUCUUACGAUGCUUGAUUAUGUUCCAGAUGUUACAGCUAACAGUAACAAGGAUCUUGAAUGGUUAGUGGUGCAAAAAAAAAAGAAUAAAAAAAAAAAGAUUCGCGGGCAAGCGGAUUCGAACCUUGGUCUCAUGCACGCUAGUCAAAAAUGCUAACCGCUAGGCCACAUGUCUCUUUUCUCACGAGGGGAAAAUGUUGGUGAAAAGGAAACUGUUUUUCCUCGGGGCUUCUUGCAACCCAAAGCUGAUAAAUUCUGAAGUUCCUCUAACUCAAUUCAUUUUCCAGCCUUUUCCGCUAUGGCUACGAUGCAAUCGAUGACGGCAAAGAAUUCGACGAAAGAUAUGGAAUUGAAGCGGUUGUCAUCGUUUUCGUCGCCGAAAAUCCGAGCUCUGAUCAAGAUUUCAACGAAUCUCUCGAAUUCUCGCACAAACUUCGAACCGAAAAAGACGUCAAAGUGAUUGUGGUGGGAAUGGGGCCGAAUUUGGAUCAAACUCGAUUGUCUCGCCUAGCUUAUGCCAAUGGUUUUGCAUACUUUGCUGCGAGUUAUGAUAACUUGGCGAGUUUGAUUCCAUCGAUCAAUAAUGGAAUUUGUGCGGGAUUGAAUUCACAGUGCGGACCAUAA